CUCAAAACAUUAUUACUAUUAAUAUUUCUUUGCCCAAUUGAACACAGUGACCAUUACAAAAAUAGAGAGAGUGACACACACACAGUGAAAAAAGAUCAUAGCUUUACAACACAAAAUGGGUAGCAAUGCAAAGGGGAGAGCAGUCAUGGAGGUUGGAGCCGAUGGGGUUGCAAUCAUCACCAUCAUCAACCCUCCUGUCAAUUCCCUCUCUUUUGAUGUGUUACGCAGCUUAAAAGCCACUUAUGAGCAGGCCUUACGAAGAGAUGAUGUAAGGGCAAUUGUUGUUACAGGUGCAAAGGGAAAGUUUUCUGGUGGAUUUGAUAUUUCAUCAUUUAAAGGAAAGCAAAUGGACAUGGGGGAGAUAGAACAAAGGCCUGGAUAUGUAUCUAUGGAGAUUCUCAGUGACACUGUAGAAGCUGCAAAAAAGCCUUCAGUUGCUGCCAUUGAUGGCAUUGCCUUAGGUGGAGGAUUAGAGGUUGCAAUGGCAUGCCAUGCUAGAAUAUCAACCGCCACUGCACAAUUAGGGUUGCCUGAACUUCAGCUUGGAAUAAUUCCUGGAUUUGGAGGAACACAGCGGCUUCCACGUCUUGUUGGUCUCUCAAAAGCACUUGAAAUGAUGCUUACAUCAAAGCCAGUGAAAGGGGAGGAGGCCUAUUCUUUGGGCCUUGUUGAUGCCAUCGUUUCACCUGAUGAAUUGGUAAACACUGCACGUCGGUGGGCUCUAGAUAUCUUAGACUGUAGAAGACCAUGGGUUGCUAGUCUUUUCAAGACUGACAAGAUAGAGCCCCUUGGGGAAGCAAGGGAAAUACUUAAGUUUGUGAGGGCUCAGGCGCGGAAACGGGCUCCCAAUCUCACACACCCAUUGGUUUGCAUUGAUGUUAUUGAAGAGGGUAUAGUUUCUGGUCCCCGGGCUGGACUCUUGAAGGAGGCUGAAGCUUUUCAAGUACUUAUGCGUUCUGAGACUUCCAAGAGUUUGAUCCACAUCUUCUUUGCUCAACGUGGAACAUCAAAGGUACCUGGGGUUACUGAUAUUGGUUUAGUGCCAAGGAGAGUGAAGAAGGUUGCUAUCCUUGGUGGAGGACUAAUGGGCUCAGGAAUUGCAACAGCAUUGAUUCUUAGUAAUUAUCCAGUCAUCCUGAAGGAAGUAAAUGACAAGUUCUUGCAGGCUGGGAUUGGUAGAGUCACAGCCAAUUUGCAAAGCCGUGUGAAGAAAGGGAACAUGACUCAAGAGAAGUUUGAGAAAACCAUAUCUCUUCUCAAGGGUGUUCUUGACUAUGAAAGCUUUAAAGAUGUGGAUAUGGUGAUUGAGGCUGUUAUUGAGAAUGUUUCUUUAAAGCAACAAAUUUUUUCUGAUCUUGAGAAAUAUUGCCCACCACAUUGCAUUCUUGCAAGUAACACCUCAACAAUUGACUUGAACCUGAUUGGAGAGAGGACAAAAUCCCAAGAUCGGAUUGCUGGAGCUCAUUUCUUUAGUCCGGCUCAUGUCAUGCCACUUUUGGAAAUUGUUCGUACUAAGCAGACGUCUCCCCAAGUGAUUGUUGACUUGCUAGAUGUUGGGAAAAAGAUAAAGAAAACUCCAGUGGUGGUUGGAAAUUGCACAGGCUUUGCUGUCAACAGGAUGUUCUUCCCUUAUACACAAGCUGGUCUCUUGCUCGUUGAGCAUGGCACAGAUCUCUAUCAAAUUGACAGGGCAAUUACCAAAUUUGGAAUGCCAAUGGGCCCUUUCAGAUUGGCUGACUUGGUUGGUUUUGGUGUUGCAAUUGCAACUGGCAUGCAAUUUAUUGAGAAUUUUCCUGAGAGAACUUAUAAAUCAAUGCUUAUCCCACUUCUGCAGGAGCAUAAGAGAGCAGGUGAAACUACUCGCAAAGGCUUCUACGUGUAUGAUGACAAACGCAGAGCUAACCCAGAUCCUGAAUUAAACAAAUAUAUUGAGAAAUCAAGGAGCAUCUCUGGUGUAGCCAUUGACCCUAAGCUUGUGAAGUUACCCGAAAAGGACAUUGUGGAGAUGAUAUUCUUUCCUGUGGUGAAUGAGGCAUGCCGAGUCCUUGCUGAAGGUAUUGCAGUCAAAGCAGCAGAUCUUGACAUUGCUGCUGUUUACGGCAUGGGUUUCCCACCUUACAGGGGAGGUAUAAUGUUCUGGGCUGAUUCUCUUGGUUCCAAAUACAUUUAUUCAAGAUUGGAGGAAUGGUCAAACUCAUACGGAGAAUUCUUCAAGCCAUGUGCCUAUUUGGCUGAAAGAGCUUCCAAGGGGGCUCCUCUGAGUUCUCCAGUGGAGCAAGCAAAAUCGCGGAUGUAAGAUCAGUUUGGUCAUUGCAUUGUUAGCUUGGAUAAGAAUUUCCUUUAUUAUUAUUAUUAUUUUCUUGAAAUAAUUAUAGAUAAAUGGCUCAGGAAGAGCUAUAUAAUGUAUGAGGGGGAGACUUGUGCAUGACAACAUGAUCAACAAGUGAGAUCUUAAGACAAUAAUGUUCUAUAAGCAUGUCAAGUGAUCUUUAUGAAAAUCAUAAAAGUUUUUAGUGA